AAUAGCAAAAAAAGGAGUGGAGUUAGAUACACAAUCUCCUCUAUAAAGAAUCUCACAACACACGAAAAACGGAUUCGUUCUACUUCUGGAUCGAGAUCUUCAAAAUGGAGCGAAGAACCUCCAAUCGAUUACUGUCGGUUAUCUUCACAGCAAUCGUCUUCUUCAUCUCAUCUUCAGAAUCAUUCUAUCUUCCCGGUGUUGCUCCUCGUGAUUUUCAACGAGGUGAUUCUCUUCAAGUUAAAGUCAACAAGCUUUCUUCUACAAAAACACAACUUCCUUAUGAAUACUAUUACUUGAACUACUGUAAGCCAAAGCACAUUCAAAACAGUGCUGAAAAUUUGGGGGAGGUGCUCAGAGGUGACCGCAUCGAAAAUUCAGUUUACACGUUUUCUAUGAACGAGGAACAACCAUGCAAAGUCGGUUGCCGCAUAAAGCUUGAUGCUGGAUCUGCAAAAAAGUUCAAAGAAAGCAUUGAUGAUGAGUACCGCGUUAACAUGAUUUUGGAUAACCUUCCAGUUGCUGUUCUUAGACAAAGACGGGAUGGUGUUCAGUCAACCACUUACGAGCACGGUUUUCGUGUCGGUUUUAAAGGAAAUUAUGCUGGGAGCAAAGAGGAAAAGUAUUUCAUCAAUAAUCAUCUCAGCUUUAGAGUCAUGUAUCACAAGGAUCUUGAAACCGAUUCUGCUCGAAUCGUUGGAUUCGAAGUUACUCCAAACAGUAUCAGCCACGAGUAUAAAGAUUGGGAUGAAAAGAACCCACAACUCACGACUUGCAACCAAAAUACCAAAAACAUAAUUCAAGGAAGCACGGUACCGCAAGAAGUUGAUACAAAUAAAGAGGUGGUAUUCACAUUUGAUGUUACUUUCAAGGAGAGCGAUAUCAAAUGGGCUUCACGUUGGGACACGUACCUCCUUAUGAACGACGAUCAAAUCCAUUGGUUUUCAAUAAUCAACUCCUUGAUGAUAGUCCUUUUUCUUUCUGGAAUGGUAGCCAUGAUCAUGAUGAGAACGCUUUACAGAGAUAUCGCAAACUAUAAUCAGUUAGAUACACAAGACGAAGCUCAAGAAGAAACCGGGUGGAAACUUGUUCACGGAGAUGUCUUCAGGGCUCCUGAAUAUUCGGGAUUACUCUCGGUUUAUGUCGGGACUGGCGUCCAGCUUUUCGGAAUGACACUUGUCACCAUGAUAUUCGCAUCUCUAGGGUUCUUAUCACCAUCUAACCGUGGUGGCCUUAUGACCGCCAUGGUUCUGUUAUGGGUUUUUAUGGGACUGUUCGGUGGUUACGCCUCUGCACGAAUUUACAAAAUGUUCAAGGGCACAGAGUGGAAAAAGAACACGUUAAAAACAUCGUUUAUGUUUCCCGGUAUUUUAUUCGCAAUUUUCUUCGUCUUGAACGCAUUGAUUUGGGGCGAAAAAUCAUCCGGAGCCGUACCGUUUGGAACCAUGAUUGCUCUGGUUUGCUUAUGGUUCGGGAUAUCCGUCCCGUUAGUCUUCGUGGGCAGUUACUUGGGUUUCAAGAAACCCGCGAUCGAAGAUCCGGUGAAAACAAACAAAAUCCCACGACAAGUACCCGAGCAAGCUUGGUACAUGAAACCCGUGUUCUCAAUUCUGAUCGGUGGAAUCCUUCCUUUUGGCGCGGUUUUCAUCGAGUUAUUCUUCAUCUUGACAUCCAUAUGGUUGAACCAGUUCUACUACAUAUUCGGGUUUCUUUUCAUCGUGUUUGUGAUCUUGAUCAUUACUUGUGCCGAGAUAACAGUCGUGUUAUGUUACUUCCAAUUAUGUAGUGAAGAUUACCAUUGGUGGUGGCGGGCGUAUUUGACAGCUGGCUCAUCCGCGCUGUACCUUUUUCUCUACUCGAUCUUCUACUAUUUCACCAAAUUGGAAAUCUCAAAGCUGGUUUCGGGUAUUCUCUACUUCGGGUACAUGUUGAUUGCUUCGUAUGCUUUCUUUGUGUUGACCGGUACCAUCGGUUUCUACGCUUGUUUGUGGUUUGUGCGCAAGAUAUAUUCAUCUGUGAAGAUAGACUGAUACAUUGGAGCUUAAAAUAGAAUGAGUGGCAUGAGAUAGAAGGAAACAGUGUAGAGGUGAGUUCAGUCGAGUUCGUUGUGUAUCUUUGGUUACGCGACUAUGAAGAAACGCAUACUUUUUAGAAGAAUUUCAAGCCCGUAAAACGACUUUGUAUGUUCGCUAGUUUCUAGUAUAUGUUUUUUUCUUCUUAAUAUCGAAUUUUUGUAUGUUAUAUGAACUGCAUUUAUCUUAUAGCAUUAUUGUUGUGUUGUUGGUUUAUCAAUUCCAUUCAAAACUCAA